AAUCCUAAUGGCAAUUUUAUCCAUUAAUAUUCCGAGAGAGACCGUCCUCCUGACGACGAGCGAAAUGAAUAGCAGCAAGAGAGAGAAAUCGGAAAUUGGGCUCCCUUGCUUCAUGGCCUCCAUGAACGAUGACCUUCUCAACAACAUUCUCGGCAGGUUGCCGGCGAAAUCUUUCGCCUUCGCUUCCUGCGUUUGCCGAUCCUGGAACAAUGUCUCUUGUCGGAUCCUUUCCCGCCCUAUGAUUCGCUCCGCUUUCGCCGUCGGUCGCGAUGUUCCUAAAGCUGCAGAAGAAGUACUUGAUAAGGUCUUAUCUAAGCCAAUGCGACCAGAUUUUGCCAUCGCCAAUGUCACAAGUAUUUCGAUGCUGGAAGAAAUUCAAACAAUGAUAGUGAAAAGAGUGGGAUCAAGGAUUCCUAUUAUUGUAUCUCUUGUUGCUGGAAUCUUAGGGAAGGAAGCUUGCAGCGAUGAAUUUAGAAAGCUCAAUUGGGAUAAUCCAACUGAUGAUGAUACAACUGAUGUAGAAGAUUCUGCUAUACUGUUGACCAUUGGCUAUACUCCGGGACUAAAAGUUGAAGUCAUUCCUAUAAUUAAAAGAGAUGAGGAAUCCUUCGAGACAAUGGGAGACGAGUUUGUGAUGGAUAUCAGAAAAUAUGUAUCCAGUGUUUCAGAUCAUACUGCACCGAUCGGUGUUAUACUGUUUGGGGGGAAAUUUCAAGAUGUGGAACCUAUAAUUGAAAAACUGGAUUAUGCCAUGCCUGGGGAAACUCUUUUUAUGGGUGAUGAAAGAAGUCAGUUUGUAUAUAGGAGGGCCAAUGAACCGAUAAGUGCACGGUUGAAUAAUCCUAUUUCUGGAAGUGCUAGGAUUCUGGCUGGCCUGGUCUUUGCAACGGACAGACACAAACCACCUAAUGUAGGAGAGAUUCGGUUUCACGCAAUGAUAUCGAGAGGAAUCUCACCGGUCGGUCCAAGGUACAAGGCGGCUUCUGUUAGGGUCAACAAUCUUGGCUUUUUCGCAUUUCUCACUGCCAAAAGAGAAGGGCAGCCUGAGAUUCUUGAUGGUCAGCAGCUUCUUGAUGACAUAAAUAACUUGUUGGGAAAUCGUGCGGAGGAUGCAAUUCUGUAUAUUGGAGUGACGAAACGAAGAAAUUGCUCGGUUGGUUCAAAGAAGCCAAAGCCAAUAACCUCCCUUGUAUACCAUGAAGUAACAGGAGGAGACGAACAUUGUCUAACAGUACAAGGUGCCAGAAUCAGAACCGGUGACUAUUUCCAGUUCUACUACUCGGAUCCAGAAGCCGCUCGAGCAUCGGUAAACGACGUAUCUUCCCAGCUUAGACACCUAAAAACUGAACUGAAUAAUUCAACGGAUAGAGUAAAGACAGAAUUCGUUGGGGGUUUCAUCUUCACAUGUUGUGGAAGGGGAGAGCCGUUCUUUGGGAGUCCCGACAUCGAUGGCUCCCCGUUCCUGGAGAACUUACCCGAGUCAUCGUUCGGAGGUAUAUUGUGCGGCGGAGAGAUUUUCCGCUCUUCCCGGGAGGAGAACGGACGUAGAGAGCGGUCUGUUCGCCAGUGUCUUCACGUUUAUAGCGCAGCAUAUCUUUUGGUAUCAUAUACUCAUCCAUCUUCAUCUUCUUCCUGAUGAUGGGCAAAUGGUGUUGGACUUAAAACAAAAGAGAGAAGAAACUGCAGGGGAGAGGAAAGGGGGAAGGGAUAUUGGCACGGCUCAAUCAAAUGAAAUUACUCUGACAAAGACAGCCACCGAGAGAUUUUAUUUGAUUCAACCGUACCAAUAUCUCUUGGACUCAUUACUUACCUGUCGAUAUUUGAGAUUGAUGCUUGUCCUUUUUGUAAGAUUCUGAAGCCAAAGAUGUCGGACGAGGAGCAGAAAAAACAUGUUUUUGGGUAAUGGAGAUUAUGUUAGGGACUGGUUUCUCUGUGUUCAUAUCAUAUGUGUGUGUGAGUGUGUCUGUCUGUCUAUAUAUAUAUAUUGUGCAGGAAGAAAUGAAAUCGGAAUGGUUGAUAUGUCAA